UAUAGUGCUAUGGAGGGACCUCAAAUUUUGCCCUUUUCCACACAAGUUAAUUUGGAUCUGAAAAUGCCAAACGACGUCGUUUUGUGGAUUAUCAGUUUCUAAAUCGUGUUCAUCCGCUAACGUGUCUUUUCCGUUUGAAUCCCCAUUCAGUCUAAGACAUGGGGAAGAAGAAGAUGAAAGACACCGCGAAAACCAACGACGGAGACGGCAACUGUUUAUGGUGGCUGGUACAGAAAGGGACGGCGGUUACUUCACUAACCGUCGUGUUGUUCGCGUUGCUGGUCCGCGUGGUGGUGUCGCUGCACCCUUAUUCCGGCGCCGGAAACCCUCCGAAGUUCGGGGACUACGAGGCGCAGAGGCAUUGGAUGGAGAUAACCACCAACCUUCCGAUUCGAGAAUGGUACAGAAAUGGCACGAGCAAUGAUCUGAGCUAUUGGGGUCUUGACUACCCGCCUCUCACUGCAUACCAGAGCUUCCUUCAUGGCAUUUUUCUCCGAUUCUUUCAUCCUCAGUCCGUUUCGCUUUUCGCUUCCAGAGGUCACGAGUCCUAUAUUGGAAAACUACUGAUGAGGUGGACGGUGUUAUCAUCUGAUGCCCUGAUAUUCUUUCCAGCAGUUUUUUACUUUGUUGUUGUUUAUUAUAAACAAUCUUCAAGGAGCCGUAAAAGUGACAUGGCUUGGCACAUUACCAUGCUUCUGUUAAACCCAUGUUUGAUUUUAAUUGAUCAUGGUCACUUUCAGUUCAACUGCAUCAGCUUGGGCUUAACUGUUGGAGCUGUUGCUGCCAUCUUCUCUGGGAAAGAUCUUGUUGCUUCUGUUCUUUAUUGUCUAGCCCUAAACCAUAAACAGAUGAGUGCAUAUUUUGCACCUGCUUUUUUCAGCCAUCUCCUGGGUAAAUGCUUGAGGCGUGAUCACCCACUACUUGAGGUGUCAAAACUGGGGUUAUUCGUUUUAGGAACAUUUGCAGCUGUGUGGUGGCCAUAUCUGUAUUCAGUGAAUUCCACUUUGGAGGUUCUCUCCCGUCUUGCUCCUUUUGAAAGGGGAAUAUUUGAGGAUUACGUGGCCAACUUUUGGUGUGCCACUUCAGUUUUCAUCAAGUGGAAGAGGUUGUUUACAACAGAGUCACUGAAGUUUCUCAGCUUCACCGCAACUAUUAUAACCUGUCUUCCUUCCAUGGUUCAACAAAUAAGGUCUCCUAGCUAUCGAGGUUUCCUUUAUGGGCUGCUGAAUAGUUCUUUCUCGUUUUACUUGUUUUCUUUUCAAGUGCAUGAGAAGUCCAUUUUAUUGCCGCUUCUUCCGGCAACCCUGCUGGCUGCAGAAGAGCCUUUCAUGUUUAGGUGGUUGGUGCAAUUUGCCAUGCUCUCCAUGUUCCCUCUGAUGUGUCGUGACAACUUGGUUGUUCCAUAUCUAGCUUUACUUGCUCUCUUUUUCUUGAUACUCAAUGCCCCUGGUCAACAGCGAGUCAGAGAGAUUAAUUAUUUCAAUAAAUAUUUCAGCUCGACAACCAUGUGGCUUGUUUUAUGUUGUUCAUUUAUUCUUCACAUAGUUUACUUGACCAUGCAUCCUCCUGAGAAGUACCCUUUUCUUUUUGAAGCUGUAAUUAUGAACCUGUGCUUCUCUCAGUUUGUGCUUGUAACUCUUGGCUGCAAUAUAAAGCAGUGGAUGUUAAAUAAACCUGUAAAAUUUGAAGAAAUAGAAAAGAAGCUCCUUUGAUAUUGUUUUCACCUUUCCUGUUAUAUUUGUUGUUUUAUUUAGACAGUUGGAUUUGGUGGUGGAUGUUUAAUGCAUUUCAGCAAUGGUUUAUAGAAAGUGAAUUCAGAGCUUAGCCUGCAUUUGACAUUGACUGUAAUGAUUGUGAUCUUGAAUCAUAUGUAUUUGUCUCCCUUUUCGGUUUGAUUGUUCA